AUGUCGAAGUUCAACCCGCUCGAGCACCUGAUCAAGGCGCUCGAGACCGUCACUGCCACUGCCAACGAGCCCGACAUUGCUCCGGCUCCCACCCCGGCAGCCAGAUACGUGGCCGGCGGGCCCACCUUUAUAGAGGUCGCCGUUCCGUGCGCUACCCAGCAGCAACUGCUCACCGGCUUUACAUUCACCGGUGCCCUCCGUGCUCCAGCCGAUCCGGUCCGUACCCAGAGAGCCCUCAACAAGACGCCUUGUCCGUCCCGUCCGCUUGAGGACUUUGAGGCUGCCCCCAGCAUGACCGAGUGCGGGUUGGAGUGUCAUUUCAGCGUUGGACAGCGAAAUUGA